ACGUCACUAGCCGGAAGUUUUGUUUGUUUUAAACGUGUUCAAAAAAGUUUCAAAGUAAAUGGAGUUCAACGCUGUCGUGAUGUUUCUGAGCGUGUGGUGUGUUACUGCGCCAGCCUCUACACAACACAGUUGUGGACAGCGACCCCUUGUCGGACCCCCUGGCAUGUCCCGCAUAGUGGGUGGUCGAGAGGCUGUAGAGGGGGCAUGGCCUUGGCAGGUCAGCAUCCAGAUAAAUUCAAAGCAUCACUGCGGCGGAACAAUCCUUGACUCCCACUGGGUGCUCACAGCGUCACAUUGCUUCAGCAAAUACCUACAGAUCUUCAGAAGUCAUGUUCGUGUGGUGGCAGGACUACGUGUGUGGUCAGAUCCAGGAGCUCAUUCUCAGAUCCGCUACAUCAGUGAGAUGAAAAUGCACGAGGACUAUGAUGACUUCACAUCUGACAGCGAUAUUAUGCUGCUUCGUCUCCGCUCUCCCUUCAACUUUACCAGCCACGUCCAGCCCGCCUGCACUCCUUACAGUGUGACCCAUGAGUUCGUCCUCAACUUCACCCACUGCUUCAUUACUGGGUGGGGGAGCUCUUACUACAAAGGCAGACUGAUGAACAAUCUGCAGGAGGCUGAGGUGGAGCUUAUUGAACGACGAAGGUGCAACCAGUUCACAUGGUAUGACGGCUUCAUUACUGAAAACAUGCUCUGUGCGGGCCUGGAAAGUGGAGCCGCAGAUUCCUGCCAGGGUGACAGUGGAGGAGCCCUGCAGUGUUACAGUGAGAGUGAUGACAGGUUUUAUGUGGUGGGAGUGACAAGUUUUGGAGAGGAGUGUGGACUUCCUCGCAGACCUGGGGUGUACUCGCGAAUCAGCAGGUUUGCGGACUGGCUCAAGGCGGUUCAGGCACAGGCAGCUGCUGCAACUGCACACAGACUGAGAGUAGCACUGAUCUCACCUCUGCUGAGCACAGUUCUGAUGCUGCUUUCAAAUCAGCAAUAAAGAACUGAAGACCAGA